CGACCUGCUCGACCUUCGAACCUCUCGACUUCCCGGCCCUCGACCCUCGCCGCCCGCGGUCAUUCACUCUUUUUGCUUGUUGAGCUGGCGUCCUGGAGGCAGAUGGAGUAGCCUCUGCUGGCAAAACGGACACAGAGCUCAGCCUAGUUUUUACUGACCCUUUUUCACUCCUUGUUUUUGUCUUGUAACGGCUUUCCUUCCUUUUUGUGACCUGUAGAUCGCGCCAUGUCCGAUCUGUUUAUGCCCUGAGACUGUUCUCUGCUGCGCUUCAGACUCUCUCUCUCUCUUCUGUCAGGCCGGUCUGCUUGUCUCUCCCUUGUCUAGGAGAUCCCAGGUGGUCGACAUCUGAGAUCCCCCUGGGUGUGCUGCUUACAAGGCGUUUUACCUCUCUCACCCUCAGCGACGCAGCCAUGGGGCGCCUCUCCCAGCCCGGAUGGGCCCCGUUGGCCUGCAACUUCAACCUCAUCCUCAACUUCUUCCUUGCCCUGCCUCUCGCUCUCAGCUCCCAGGCGGCCCUCUUCGAGCCGACGCCUUCUCCGAACCUCGACCUCAAUCCGCUCGGCCGCAUUGCCCUGGUGGGGAAUUUCGAUGCUGCCUCGCUCUACUCCUACAAGCCUACCAACAAAGAAGGCCUCGCCGGCUUCAAUGGCUCCCUCAAACAGUCGCUCAUCGCCCCCUUGCCCGACGGCUCUCUCUUCCCCAUAUCCUCUGCCGACGCCGAUAUCCUGGCCAUGUGCCCGUUGAAGGACAAGGAUGGCUCGGUCACCAGCGUCGUUGUGGGCGGUAACUUCACCAGCCUUGGAGGCGUGGAGUCUAACGGCAUGGCCGUUUUCGACUACAACAACAUCCGUGUAUCUGCCGUGCCUGGGCUCUCCGGAACGGUCAACGCACUCUACUGUGACAGCGACUCAAACAUCGUCUAUGUCGGAGGAGAGUUCAGAAACGCAGAGUCCACUAACGCCGUCAUCUGGUCUCCCAAGUCGGGCCUUUCCAACCUGCCCUUCAGCGGAUUCAACGGGCCCGUCACAUCCAUUGUUCCCGCAAAGGAUGGCCGAGUUGUCUUUGGUGGCUCGUUCGAUGGCCUAGGAAACACGACAAGCCCGGAGAGGAAGGACCAGCAGAUUGUCAACCUGUUUACUGCCGAGAUCUCUGUCGGCUCAGGCUCGACUGCUGGAGGCUUCGACGAUCCUAGGAGCAUCAUCUGCCCUACCGAUGGCCAGUCUGGCCCCGGAAAGACCUGGCUGCUCACAGAUAAUGCCCCGGGCUAUUGGCGUGCUAACCUGCACUAUGGGUUCAGACCAACCAAGCUACGCGUUCGCAACGUUGUUAUGGACGGAAGAGGAACUAAAACAUUCAGAUUUACCGCCUUGCCUGAUGGCGGGAUCCUGAACAUGACCUAUGUCGACCCCGAGAGCGGUCAGAAAAUUCCAUGUGAUGCCAGAUGUCCUCUCUCUAACGAUCCAAAGUAUGCUACUCGAGACUUCUCCUUUGUCAACAAUGUUGGCAUGAGCUCGUUCCAGCUGGAAGUCUCGGAAUGGUACGGACAAGGUGGUGGAUUUACUGGCAUUGAACUGUUCCAGGAUGAUAUUUAUGCAUAUGCUGUUAAUGACCUCAACGAACCCACCUGUGCUGGUAUUCCGUUUGCCUCUACUACUACCACGACUGGAGAAUGGAAGGUCCAGCCAUCCUACGAGAGUUCUUCCGACUAUCUAACCACCCAAAUCGAUGCAUCUACCGACACUACGACCUCAGUCACCAUACAGCCAGACAUCAAGCAGUCGGGUAACUACUCCGUCACCAUUUUCACACCAGGCUGUAUUCAGGAUGGAACCUGUGCCACCCGUGGAACCGCCAAUGUAACUGCCACUUUCAAGUCUUCCGAAGAUGCACCGAUCGUGGCCUCGAUAUCCCAGACCAACAACUUCGACAAGUUUGACCAGAUCUAUGUCGGCCACGUUGAUGCUAGCAGCAGCAAAUUCAGACCAUCCGUCACAAUCACCCCCCGCCAUGAUCAAGGCAUGAUCGACUUUGUGGCGUCUAGAAUCCGGUUCCAAUUGAUUUCAUCUACUGGCGGCCUAAAUGGACUGUAUGAAUACGACCCGAAGGCUACAACUGUUGACACCAACUUCACCCAGUCUGCCAUCAACAAAGCCGGCACUGAACUUGAGCCUGAGGCAAUCAUCAACUCUCUCGUGUGGGACAAGGAUACCUUAUUCAUUGCAGGAAAUUUCACAAAUGCAUCCACUAGCAACAUUGUGUCACUUUUAGAUGGGACAUUAUCCCCUUUAUCACAGGAUGGUUUGAAUUUCGCUGUCAAAACUAUGCAGCUUCUUGACAGUCUGCUCUACGUUGGUGGUAACUUUUCAAACACCGCCGCCGGGGAUAACAACAAGCUCGCUAGUGUUGCCGCAUACUCCAUAUCUGAAAAGACCUGGCACUCCCUUGGUGCUGGAGUUAACGGCCCUGUCACAUCACUCGUCCUGUUCCCAACCAAUGUUACCUCAGGCAAGACCGAAACAACUAUUGCAGUUAAUGGACUAUUCACCGAAAUUAACGCGGCCGAUGGUCACCCUGCAAUACCCGCGAAUGGAUUUGCCGUCUGGGUACCGUCAGCAAAGAAAUGGCUGAAAGAACUGGACAUUGACCACUUGGCAUACGUUGGCCAACUCACUGCGUCCAGUCAGGUAGGCGAUGAAACCCUCUUGGCUGGAAACCUUGCUUCUGGUGGAAUCGCUUCACACGGUGCUGUCAAUCUAGUUGACAACAAUAAGCUAGGCCUCCGUGCUCUACCAGUCAAUAUCGAGCUCGGUCAAGGUGCGCUACCCAAGCGUAAUGCGAAGCGCAAGCUUGCAACAGGUGGCAGCAGCGGAGUCAUCACUGGCCUCUUUGAUACAGAAGGUGGCCGCAACCUCACAAUGCUAGCUGGUCACUUUACCGCGAAGACAUCAGAUAACUCUGUCGUCAAUAACUUAGUCUUCCUCAAUGGCGCACAACAUGAUGUCGUCACUGGUGCCGGCCCCGGGAUUGAGGCAAAUUCAACCUUCUUAUCCCUUGCAGUUAACAAAGACAUGCUUUUGGCCGGCGGGAAAAUCUCUGGAAAAGUUGCAGAUGCAAACAUCAAAGGCCUUGUUGUCUAUGAUCUCAAGAAUGAACAUCGUUAUGCUUCCAACCAGCCUUCCGCAUUGGACGGCGACGAUGUUGAAGUUCGCGCCAUUGCCCCUCGUCCUGGUACCAGCGACAUCUUCGUUGGCGGAGUCUUCCAAUCCGCCGGCUCUCUGCCUUGCCCCUCAGUUUGCUACCUUGAACUUGAUAGCAACCAGUGGAAUCGCCCCGGUACAUCCCUACGAGGAGAUGUUACCGUUCUCCUGUGGACAGAGAACGAUCAACUGCUCGUUGCUGGAAACCUCACCGUUGAGCGUAACGCGACUAUGCUCGCUAGAUACAAUGCAAAGGAACAAGAAUGGUCCACUAUCACAGGAAAGAAUUCCGAAAGCAUUAAUGGUGAAGUGCGUGCUCUUGGCCUUUCACAGAGCGAUGGCUCAAAGUUUUGGAUCGCCGGGAAAUCCGCUAAUGGAGCUUCAUUCCUUGUUCACUACGACGGCACGGAAUUCCGCUCCGCUGGUAGCUUGUUUGGAGAGAGUACCCUAAUUGAAGGAUUGCAAGUCCUUCCACUCACCAAGACUCACGGCAAGACCGAUCUAUUGGAUGAGAACCAAUCACUUCUAAUCACAGGUAAACUCCAGCUGCCGAACUUUGGAUACGUGUCUGGGGCUCUCUUCGACGGAACUACUCUUGAACCAUUCAUACUUUCCAGCAUGUCUGAUGGUCGGCCAGGGAGCAUAUCUGGAAUAUUCUCUGAGAAUAAGAUUAACGUUGCUGGCCACCGUGGACAAAAACCAAGAGGCAUCGUCGUCCUCAUCUCUUUCUGCAUAGCCCUAGGCUGUGUCUUCUUCCUUGUUCUCUUCGGCAUUCUCCUUAACCGCUACCGCCGUUAUAAGCAAGGCUAUGUCACUGCUCCUCAAGGCACAGAUCGAAAACCAGAUCUCAAUCGCGUUCCUCCAGAAUACCUGCUGGAGUCCCUCCGCCAUCGGACCCCCGGCACACGCAUCUAGUUAACAGAAGCACGCAAAAGCUGGACGGCCGUCACUUUCCUCUUGCAUCUCCUCUUCAAAGUUUACGUACACUCCACCUUUCCUUUAGACCACAAGCUUUUCUUUCGUCCUGGAAUCAAUUUCCUUUCUCUCUUACGGUACUUUUAAUCGGCGUUAGGAACCUAGGAAAGUGAAUACCCUCUUCCAAAACUAAUGUUUGGCGUUUCAGGAUUUGCUGUUUGGUCUUUCCCUGUCUUUUCUUUUCAACCGGGUUCAAUCCCACCCUCAUACCCCUGUUACUUGAUCUUGAUCAUAUGCGCCUGCUGGGCUAAUUCAGUUGCAUAUGGACGUAAUCCGACGUUAUCUGAAUUCCCAUACACGACAAUACAUCAGUCAAGUUUCGCUUUCCCUUGACCAGCAAUAGCCCCUUCUAUAAAGUACGGGGAAUGUUCAUUUAGCUAAUUGUGUACUCCAACCAUGCGUUUACAUUCUCUGUCUUGAUUUUCUCCCUGUUAGACUCACCGGCUUCAAAUACCUCUUAGAUAACAUGGCCAUCGCACUUCGAAAGAUACUAAUGGAAACAUGACCUGUUUACUGUUAUCUUUAUUUGACAGCUAGUACCAACAUCCAAGUCUAUGGGUUUCCUGUGUGUAGAUUUAAUCUAAUCGGUGGCUGUAGUUGGUCGAAGUUAAAGUUCUUGGCCUGCACCCUCCCUCAUCCGGCGCUAAAAGCGUUAAGUUUCGGCAUCCCACGCCUCGGCCAUAGCUAAAUCGGAGCUACAUCAUUUCUUCUCACCUCUGUUACUUAUCUGGGCAUGAACAUAGGAUUUUCUCUAGACUUUAACCCGUCUCUUGAUUCUGACUAUAGGGAAUUUGCAAGAAUUCAACCGCACAUCCGCGGGGAGGAAUUAUCUCAAGACGAUGCGCUCACGAACAGGCUGGUAAGUACCACUAACAGCUCUACCCUCUAAAGAUAAGUCAGUGAUGGACCCCUUACCACUACUUUCUAUCUCUUAUUCGAUCACUGGCUAAAUUUGACCGGUUACCGCUUGCUAGCCUCACAUGUCGGACGCGCAAGUUGAAAUGCGACGAGCAGAAACCGCGAUGCUCUCAGUGCCGAAAGGCGGGCAGAGAAUG